AUGGCGGCCCCGGGGAGAAUCCCAGGUGCGCUGAAGCACAGGGGGAGGAAGGGGAAGGGGCGCGACAGCAAGGACAGCGACCUAGAGAACCAAGGGCGCCGGCGUGGCAGGCGGCCAGGAGGACGCGGGCUCCUGGAUGGGGCGCAGAGGACGGGCUGCUUCCGACUUUCACCUAAUGGCGCUGGCGCCGCUCCUCCUGGGAGCCCGCCCACCCUGGACGCGGCCCGCUGGCCCCGGGCAGUCCCGUUCCCCAUCGCCGCGCAGGGCCUGUCCCUGAGGACCGCGGCCACCGGCACGGGUCGGGCGCCUCCUGCAGGCGUGCGUGCUGGCGGGCCGACGGAACCGGCCGCCUCUCCCCGGCCCUUUCAGAUUCCUGGUUCCCACCCGCCGGGUGCGACGCCCUCCCGCGUUCGGGCGCGUCGGGCGGGCGCACAGCGCCACCUGGUGGAGUGGCCUUCAGGCGUCGCCCCGCGCGUCCUCCGGGACUUCCCGCCAAGCGAGGCCCUGGGCGCCGCUCUGACUGGCUGCAUGGACCUCACCAUCCCGGGAUGUCUCCCGACGGUGUGGGCCUUGGCGGUUUACACCUGGAUGAAGCCUCAGUCUAACUGGAGAAGUAAAAGCUUCCUUCGGCUAGAUUCCUCUCAGGCUAGUCCCCCAACCUUUCCAUUCUUGAGCAUUGGAAUGGCCUGUGUCAUCCCCCUGAGGCACAGAGGCCUAUCACUGGUGCAGACCACAAACUUCUUUUACCUCUGGGUGGAAGAUCCCUACAUGAUGGGGCAUAUAGCUUGUGCUAAUGUGCUGAGUGACCUCUACACCAUGGGCAUUACUGAAUGUGACAACAUGUUAAUGUUACUCACUGUCAGCCAGAGUAUGAAUGAGGAGGAACUAGAAAAGGUAACACCACUCAUGAUCAAAGGUUUUCGGAGUGCUGCUGAGGAGGGAGGCACAGCAGUGACAGGUGGACAAAUAGUGGUCAACCCUUGAAUUAUCAUCGGUGGAGUUGCCACAGUGGUGUGUCAGCCAAAUGAAUUCAUAAUGCCUGACAAUGCAGUUGUAGGGAAUGUGCUUAUGUUAACCAAACCAUUAGGCACUCAAGUGGCCGCUAAUGCCCACCAAUGGCUGGAUAAUCCUGAAAGGUGGAAUAAGAUAACAAUGGUGAUCUCCAGAGAAGAGGUAGAACUGGCCUAUCAGGAAGCAAUGUUCAAUAUGGCUACCCUAAAUAGAACUGCUGCUGGAUUAAUGCAUACUUUUAAUGCCCAUGCAGCCACCGAUAUCACAGGCUUUGGCAUUUUAGGACAAUCUCAGAACCUCCCAAAACAGCAAAGAAAUGAGGUGUCCUUUGUCAUUCAUAAUCUGCUGAUCAUUGCCAAGAUGGCUGCCAUCAGCAAGGCCAGUCGGUGGUUUGGACUACUUCAAAGAACCUUCGCUGAAACCUCUGGGAGUUUACUAAUUUGUCUGCCAAGAGAACAAGCAGCUCGAUUUUGCUCUGAAAUCAAAUCUUCCAAGUAUGGAGAGGGUUACCAAGCAUGGAUCGUUGGCAUUGUGGAAAAGGGAAACCAAAGGGUCCAUAUCAUUGACAAGCCUCAAGUUAUUGAGGUUCUGCCUUGUGGGGUCACUGCUGGUGCUCUUGCUCCUGAUAAUUCCAACGCCUCCUCUGAGCCUAACUCCUGA